AAUGGGGGAUAGAUGACAAUUUCACCUUAGCUAUCAAGCUAUAUUGAUGUUACCCUCUGAAGUUGUUUUAAGAUCAACGAUAAGCAAUAAAACAAGUGUCUAACAUUGCGCAGCUGUGUCCCCGGUUGAUCCUGUGGAGUUUGCUAAAGAGAUGAGCAACAAUAUCAACAAGAGGGCACCAACAACAGCAACACAGAGAUUAAAGCAGGACUACCUUCGCAUUAAGAAAGAUCCUGUACCUUACAUAUGCGCUGAACCUCUCCCUUCAAAUAUAUUAGAAUGGCACUAUUUGGUACGUGGUCCGGAGAAAACUCCCUAUGAAGGUGGUUAUUACCAUGGCAAACUGAUUUUCCCUCGUGAAUUCCCCUUCAAACCUCCAAGCAUAUACAUGAUAACACCAAAUGGAAGAUUUAAAUGUAACACAAGGUUAUGUCUGUCUAUCACAGAUUUUCACCCAGAUACCUGGAAUCCUGCUUGGUCAGUUUCCACCAUCCUCACGGGUCUCUUGAGUUUUAUGGUUGAAAAAGGCCCCACUCUUGGGAGUAUCGAAACAUCAGACUUUACAAAAAGACAGCUUGCCUCUCAGAGUCUGGCUUUUAACAUUAAAGACAAAGUGUUCUGUGAGCUGUUUCCAGAUGUUGUUGAGGAGAUCAAACAGAAGCAACGUGCGCAGGAGGAGCUGAACGCCAGCGCCAAGGCACUGCCCCUGCCUGAUGUGGUACCAGACGGAGAUACCCAUCAUGCACAAAAUGGGCAUGCAGGCCUCAACGGGCACUUGCUGCCUGGGGCUGCUCAUCCUCCUGACCUUCAACAAGUUAAUCGCAACCACGGACUUCUAGGCGGAGCACUGGCAAACUUGUUUGUCAUUGUCGGCUUUGCUGCUUUCGCCUACACAGUCAAGUACGUUCUGAGGAGCAUUGCACAGGAAUAAACCAGUGAAAACAGAAAGGUUUGAAGAUUGAUGUUGGAGGAGAGGAGAAAAGAAACUGAUCCUGUUCUUAUGACCAAAAGGGGUUUGAUGAAAAGGGGAGGUUGUCUCCUGUUCUUUUUUUUUCCUGGGGUGGGAGGCAAAUCAAAAGGUUUUAUUACAACAAAACAACUAAGAGUCUAGAGAGGCAAUAGGAGGGUGUUAGGGGCUACACAGCCCUUCUCUACUGCUUCAGCAAAGAGAGCAAAGCAGCUGGACACCACCUGUAGGCCUCGCGAAACACCAGUCGAUGUGAAUUUACAGAUGAGAAAACUUUUGUGAAAAUGUAUCAGAUCACUUAUUUUCAUACCUGCCCCUCUACACCCUCCAGCCCUUCAUUGUAAACUAAUAUUUACGUUAUUUAGAGAUCCGGUGCGUGACCUCAGUGUGUGUCUGCACAGACAUUGUAAACACCAUGACUGUAAGUGGUAUCCAGCAUUAUUCAGUUUUGAUUGAUCAGUAAAGCAUUCAGAAUUUGCAAAACACACCUCAGAGCGAUGCUGUUGAUUUUAUAGCACUGAGAAAGUAAAUAUCAGUUUGCAAAGUGCAUAGUUAUCCAUUCCUGAAAAUUUUCUCACAUGUGCGCCAUAUUGUUUAUUGCUGUGUGAUUAAAAAAAAAAAAUCAAGAUCCAAAUUGUUUGGUUUCAGUAGUUUCAUUGCAAUGGCUGAUCUGUAAAUGGACUCUUAUUCAUUUCCAAUUUCUUCUCAGUGCUUUCUCCCUCUGUUCACCGUAGCUUGUGCUAAGCGAAUCGGAGCUGUCCCUGUUUUUUGGUUGACGUACAUAAGACAUGAUAAGAAAUGUGGAUCUAUGAUGUAAUACCAAUGCUGCUCCAAAAUCUUGAUUAAGCACCUUUUCUUUCAUUCAUGUUCUCUCUGUCAGCCAUGAAGCCGUUUCCCUAACAAAAUUGUUCUUUAUAAUCAUCCAGCACUACAAUUUGUUGCGUUGUAUGUGCACUCUGUUAGCUGUUUACGGCUCUACUUCAUUACACAAUACUGCAAGAUAUGUCUACAGUUGCAUUUUAAGGGUGUAACAUUAGUGCAAUAUUUCUCAGUGGAUGACAAAUAAAUAUUCAUUUAAUUCUUGUCA